GUGCAGAACACCAGCCGCGGCACCGUGCAGGGGCAGAUCCAGGGCCCGGCCGUCAGGGUGCAGGAGCUGCAGGAGUGGCUCAGGAAGGUGGGGAGCCCCCAGUCCCGCAUCAGCCGCGCCGAGUUCCGCAAUGAGAAGAAGAUCGGGGAGCUGGAGCACAAGGAGUUCCAGAUUGUCAAGUAA